CAUACUCGGCAGAAACGGGCGCGACCGUCCCGGCGCAGAAACGCAAAAUGCUCGCCUCGUUCGUCUGCCCCAUCUCGCACGAGGUCAUGACCGACCCGGUCGUCGCCAUGGACGGCCACUCGUACGAGCGUCACUGCAUUGCCACGUGGCUGCGCACGCACACGACGAGCCCGUCGACGAACGCACAUCUGGCCUCGACGCUGCUGGUGCCCAACUUUGCGCUCAAGCAAGCCAUCGACGAGUACACCGCGAGCCAUGCAGCGAGCCGCGCCCGCGAGGCACUGCCGCUAGACGGCUACUUCAUCUACCGCCUCCUCGAGCCCAUCCAUGUCUGCGCGUCGCCACAGUUUGCCCAUCGCGCCAAGCAGCCGGACGGGUCGCCCUACAUCUUGCCCACGGGCGCGCUCGUCAUUGCAACGCGCCGCGAGUACGGCCAAGACGACGCAAUCUUUCUCCAGAUCGAAGCUGGUCGGUACAUUUACGAGGCCCGCAGCGGCAUUGCCAUGGCGGCGCGGGUGACCCCGGUGCCCGGCCUCCGCGUCCACGACGUUCUCGCCGCCACGCCGCUCUACAAUGGCUUGGGUCCCACCACGGUGAUGGUCGGGUCCUUGGCGUACGGCGACCUCGUCUCGACCGACUUGCACGUGCACGAUCUCCUCGGUGGGUCGUUUGCCCGGCUCGAAGGAUCGAUGCUAUGGGUCUCGACCACCGAGCUCCUCCGGGUGUUUCCCACUCGUGACUGCAACGCUGUGGCCCUCGAUGACAACACGACGCUAGUCUCCAACCCGUCGCCAAGCGUCGCCACGUGUCUCGAGACGCUGCAGAAAGGCCAAGUGAUUUGCAGUACGCUGGUGUUUUCAGCGAAUGUGCCCGAAGUCUACGUCGUCCGGGCCUCCAGCGGCGACCGCGCUGGCUGGCUCACGGCAACAAAGGCCCAGCUGGUCACUUCUACGCAAGAGAGCGUGUCAUUUCCGCACCUUUCGCUCAAUGUGGUCGUCGCGGCGACGGCCAGCGUUGCACGUCGCCGGUCGCGCGAGACGUACGAAGGCGACGACGACACUGUCCGCAGCACCGCCAUGCUCCCGGCGCUCAAGCGACAAUGCGUCUGAGACCCAGUGCAAUGGGCCACAUAACUUAAUUCAAAAUGUGCAUUUUUCGAUAAAGA